GUUUGGCAGAAUCUCAGCCACCCCCACGUCCUCCCACUCCUCGGAGCCUGCGACAAGGGCGACGCCGGUGAAAAGAUCACUCCUUUCAUGGUCUCUCCGUUCAUGCCAAACGGCACGCUUCGUGACUAUGUGGCCAAUAACAACAUUUCUCUCGAGGAGAAACUCAGUCUUCUGUACCAGGUUGCGUCGGCCCUGGCCUAUCUGCACGCCAGAAGAAUCAUCCACGGCGACCUCAAGGCAGCAAACAUCCUCUUGGACAAAUCCUUCCAGGCCAUCGUCACCGACUUUGGCUUGUCCAGAACCAAGCACACCUCGGCCUCGAUGAAUCACAAUCGAAACGGCGGUUCGACUGGUGGCACUGAGGGAUACAUGGCUCCCGAGAUGCUCGACGACGAGAAUCCGUCUGGCACCACGAUCAAGACGGAUGUCUAUGCCUUCGCCAUCACCAUGUACGAAGCCCUGACCAACGCUAGUCCAGUUUGGAUUUCCGUCGAUGGUCAAGCAUUGAGAAGCCGAGCGAUCGAGCGGCUGGUCGAGAAGGGAAAGCGCCCCAAGCGACUCGAUGGCAUCCCCGGAGAUAUUUGGUCACUCAUCGAAGCCUGCUGGCAUCAAGAUCCCGCCAUGCGUCCCGCAUUCAAGGACAUUGUCCUGAGCCUCAGUGACUACAAGGAUAUCCAUCCACAAACUUUGGGAGCAGCCCGUUCUCCAUCGGAUUUGGCCCUGUCGACCCGACUCCAGGACUUGAGCGUUUCUCCAGCUCCAACUCCUCACAGCGAUAGACCCCAACCAAGCUCGCAACAGCAUACCGCUGACUCUUCCCUCUCGUCGGAGAGCCAAACGUUGGCACAACGACUGGGCAAUCUUGGUAUCCCAAGGGCAGUAGUCAUGAGCAUUCGGCGCGGCGACGCAGAAUCUCAUCUCACUGCGGCCCGCAUGGUCUCUGAUGGUAAGGCAGCGAAUGACCCUGCCUGGACCACUGCCGCCGAACUGUAUCAGGCUGCUGCUGAUUCUGGAAACCUCGAAGCCGCCUUUCAGCUCGGCUGGCUGCACUUUGCUGGCAUCGGCAUCACCAAGAGUGACACUGAGGCCUUCGCCUACUGGCAGCUGGUCCACAACCAGUCGUCUGACGCAAUCAUGAAGCCCAUCGCAACAUUCAUGAUGGGUUGGUGUUAUUACCUCGGCCGCGGAACACAGCAAGAUGAGCCCCAGGCCAACCAAUUCUUUCUCAAGAGCAAAACACCAGAGUUUCCUUUCGGACAGGCUUUCAUUCAUGGUGAUGGCAAGAUUGAAUUGUCUUCGCCCAUAGCAGCGAAGUUCUUCCGACUCUGCCAAUUCGGUGCUGAGGACGAUUGGUUCUGCAGACACCUCGUCGCAAGAUGCAUGCUCGGAGGUUUUGGAACAAAGAAAGACCAAGAAUUGGCUGUUGGAAUCCUGCACGAACUGGCCAAUCAAGGCUACAGCAUCAGUCAGUACGUGCUGGCUGACUGCUACCUGGAGGGUUUUGGUGUUCCUCAGGACCACAUCAUGUCCGUCGAAUGGUAUCGCAGAUCGGCAGAAGGCAGUGACGUAAAUGCAAUUCGAAGCCUUGGACUCCAAUAUCUUGAAGGUCAGGGAGUCCCCCAGGACCAUGCCAAAGCCAUAGUAUUGCUCACCAAGGCUGCGAAUACGGGACAUGUGUUAGGUCAGGUCAACCUCGGCAGCUGCUACUACAACGGUCAAGGUGUCGCCCAGGACUAUGCCAAGGCUGUCGAGUGGUAUACGAAAGCAGCCAACCAGGGGAAUGCAAAUGCUCAGUUCAUGCUUGGAAUAUGUUACCGUGAUGGAAACGGUGCCACUCAAGACCAUGUCAAGGCUGUCGAGUGGUUCAUCAAGGCCGCCAUCCAGGGGAAUGCAAGUGCUCAGAACCAACUUGGUCAUUGCUAUUUUAGCGGUCAAGGUGUCACCCAGGACUAUGCCAGGGCUGUCGAGUGGUUCACCAAGGCCGCCAACCAGGGUAGUACAAAUGCCCAAUUCAGCCUCGGUGUCCGCUACUACAAAGGUGACGGUGCCACCCAGAACUAUGCGAAAGCUGUCGAGUGGUUCACCAAGGCCGCAAAUCAGGGGAAUGCAAGUGCCCAGGACUGGCUCGGCGACUGCUACUACAACGGCAAUGGCGUUACCGAAGACCAUGCCAAGGCUGUCGAGUGGUAUACCAAGGCCGCCAACCAGGGGAAUGCAAAUGCUCAAUUCGGCCUCGGUAUCCGCUACUACAAAGGCGAAGGUGUCACUCAGAACUAUGUGAAGGCUGUCGAGUGGUUCACUAAGGCCGCAAAUCAGGGCUAUGCUAAUGCCCAGGACUGGCUCGGCGACUGCUACUACAACGGCAAUGGCGUUACCGAAGACUAUGCCAAGGCUGUCGAGUGGUAUACCAAGGCCGCCAACCAGGGGAAUGCAAAUGCUCAACUCAGCCUCGGUAUCCGCUACUGCAAAGGUGAAGGUGUCAUCCAGAAUUAUGCCAAGGCUGUCGAGUGGUAUACGAAAGCAGCCAACCAGGGGAAUGCUGGUGCUCA